AUGAGCGGAGGGGUCUACGGAGGAGGUAAAGGCUGGGUUGCCAUCGGCGUCGCAGCUGCUUGGCUUGGGGAGGGGGUCCCGGCAGCCCCCACCCCACCAGUUCUGGGCCCUGCAUGCAUUUGGUCGCGGGGCACGCCCGGGGAGACCCUUCGCUGCCAGCAUCCCGGUCUUCUUGCACCCCAGCAACAGCUGCAUUCCUGCACUUGGCUAGGGCGGCUGGAGAGGGUGUUGCGCCCGCGCGCCCACCCUGCUCAUCGCUCCGAGCUGGGGGCUCCCUCCCAGCCAGCCAGUAGGGCAGGGAAACUGCGGAACUCACCCCCACAAGAAGCAGCGGGGACCACCAAGCCGGGAAAGGGGGGAAAUUCACGGAGGAGAAGCCUAGCGGCGGCUACCGGCUGCAAGGAGCGGAGAGAUGCGCUCUUGCGCGCAAAUCCUUGCUUGCUGGUUUGGCCAAUGAGGCAUCCGGUUGGCCACUGGGAGAAGAGGAUGUUGGGCUAGGGGGGCCGCCGGCCUGAUCCAGCAGCCUCGAGGGUCCUUGUGCAUAGUCCAACUCAGGUGCCAACCUGGUCUUGAGUCAGAUCCAUCUCUUUUUUUAUUGUCCCUGCUGAAUGUGACUUGGCUCGCUUCUUUGAGCCGCCUGAUUCCUUGGGUGUAAGUGCUGACCAGAGCCAGGGACCUCUAAACUGUGAUUAUUCAUGGACCUUAAGGUCCUCUGCUGGGCAGACCAGGAGAGGCGGUCCCGUAAAUACGAGGACCCUAAGCCAUUAAGGCGCAGGCCCUGUUGUUCAAUUUCUAAACUCCAAGGUCAAUAAUUAUUCAUUUUUUCUUGUUACAAAAUUGUAAACACAUAAAUCAUAAAACGUGACAUGACUAUUCAUAUGUGUCCCUAGGGGGGCAAAAUAGUAAAUAUAUUACUUAGUAAAUAGUAAAUAUAUAUAAUAAAUAUAUUACUUUAGAUCACGUAAUAAUGAGAUGGUUACAGUAAACCAGUUAAAUGAGCUCUUCAGUAAAUCAACUUUGAAAACGCAGAAUAAUAGGAGCGAGAUAAAGAGUAUUGCGUGUUUAACCACGCCAUAUUGCGAUAUAUAUUGUAGGUCUUUUUCAUCAGUGUGCUGUUUCAUUUGCAUAUUUAAUAAACUCACACCAUAAAAUGCAAAAUGUAACACAUUUAUCUCUCUUGCCUUGCCACCCUAAAUUAUUGUGACAACAUUUCCAGCAUGGCUAUUUACUAGACAAUGUUAAACCAGCGAUCAAUAUUCAUCAAUUGCUAUUCCUUUUCUAGCAGCUGUUAAUCAAUGUGUUACUAAUUCCUUCUUAAUUGGUCCAUAUCUGAAGUAUAUAAAUCAAAUAAGGCUAAUGUUAGGGUUAUCCGGAUUGUCUGAGCUGUAACCGGAGAUAUCUCUUUAAAAAACAGCCUUCCAAAAUUGUUCUAUUUGCGGGCAUUCCCACCACAUAUGCUCAUAUGUACCUAUAACUUGGCAUCCCUUCCCAACAUAACAAGACAUCAUUGGGCUGCAAAUAUGAUAGGCACCUCAGUGUUAAACACCAUCCAUGCACAGCUUUUAGUGAACGUUCCCUAGUACAGUGGUACCUUGGUUCUCAAAUGCUUUGGUUCUCAAACUCCGAAAAGUGAGUGUUCUGGUUUUCAAACGUUUUUUGGAAGCCAAACGUCCGAUGUGGCUGUUGGCUAUUGUUUCCAGGGUGCCUGCACCAAUCAGAAGCUGUGCCUUGUUUUUCGAACAUUUCGGAAGUCAAACGGACUUAAGUUUGGCUCUUUUGUUUUUGCUAUUUAUUUUGCAUUUUUGUUUUUGAGGCUUUUUCAGUUAAUUUGUUUUUGUGACUGUGUGGAACCCAGUUCAGCUACUGAUUGAUUGAUUGUGUGACUGCGGAAAUGGAUAAAAGCCCCCCAUCCAAACAGUGACUAUCAUCAGUGUAGGGAAGAAUAAAAUUAAAUUUUCAUUUUUAUCAUCUACAAUACUGUCUUACUUAUUUUAUAGUACAGUGCAUUGAUUAUUGCUUCCAUUUUAUAGAUCAGUGGUCUCGUUAGAUUAAUUAAAGCCAUUAAUGUUAAAUGGCUAUUUUAGGGGUUGUUAAAAGUCUGGAAUGGAUCAAUCCGUUUUGCAUUACUUUCUAUGGGAAAGCGCGCCUUGGUUUUGGAACACGCUUUGGUUUCAGAAUGGACUUCUGGAACGGAUUAAGUUUGAGAGCCAAGGUACCACCGUAGUUGCUGGCACAGAUUUGUACAGUGCAUAAAUUGUUCCAUUUAUCCUAUUCCCCCCCCCCAUGAUAAUUUUUAUUAAGUUUUCCAUUUUUAAAAUAUUCACAUUUUGUUACAUAAUUCCAUAUCCGAAUACAUUGCUCUAACAGAGCACCAACCCCUCCCUCUUUCUGACUUCCAUACAUCUUACUAAAUUCUUAGCAUUUCUUUGAUCACUUUUUUACCUUCAAUAUUUCACCUUCUUAUUGGUAAAUCAGUUCCAUAUUUAUCCUAAUCAGUGUUUAUUAUCCCCAUUGGGCACAGAAAAGAUAGCAAACUGGGAACUUUACAAGUCUCCAUGGGGGGGGUGGCAUGUCACAAAUUCCUCCCCAAAUCCCUGAAUUUAACCUUUGUUUCCUCCGUAGAUGAGGUUGGAGCUCUGGUCUUCGACAUCGGCUCGUUCUCAGUCCGGGCUGGCUAUGCUGGCGAAGACUGCCCUAAGGUACAAUGCCCGGGGGCACCCCAAAAUAUCCAACCCCUUCAGCCUCCCCCUCCCUCCUUUAACCCUUUCCCUUCUUCUAUUUGUCCCCAUGUCAGUUUCAGUUUAAGGGACACGGGUGGCGCUGUGGGUUAAACCACAGAGCCUAGGGCUUGCCGAUCCGAAGGUCGGUGGUUCGAAUCCCCGCAAUGGGGUGAGCUCCCGUGACUCGGUCCCGGCUCCUGCCAACCUAGCAGUUCGAAAGCACACCAGUGCAAGUAGAUAAAUAGGUACCGCUCUGGCGGGAAGGUAAACGGCAUUUCCGUGCGCUGCUCUGGUUCGCCAGAAGUGGCUUAGUUAUGCUGGCCACAUGACCCAGAAGCUGUACGCCGGCUCCCUCGGCCAAUAAAGUGAGAUGAGUGCCGCAACCCCAGAGUCGGCCACGACUUGAGCUAAUGGUCAGGGGUCCCUUUACCUUUACAGUUUCAGUUUAUUGGUUAACUUUUCUAGUAGGGCUGUUUCCCAUACUAUUUGGUACCAUUGGUCCAGGCUUACUCCUGACAGGUCUCUCCAGUGUCUGGUUAUGGUGCUUCUGGCUGCUGAAAGUAGGUGGGUUAUGAGUUCUUUGUGUUGUAAGUGGGCAUUGUUGUCUUGGAAGAUGUUUAGUAAGGCCAAUUCUGGGGUGAUGUCUAAUACUUGCUUGGUUAUUUUACUUAUUUCUCGUACGGUUGUUGUCCAGAAUGGUUGGAUUUGGGGGCACUCCCGCCACAUGUGGAGGUAUGUGCCUGUGGAGGUGAAUGCUCUCUUUACCCCUUUGCAAAAAAUGAGUGGAUUUGACGCAUUUUGGGACUGAAUAUUGGGAAAGUAUUGGUAGAAUUGGGAUGCGGGUGGCGCUGUGGGUUAAACCACAGAGUCUAGGACUUGCCGAUCAGAAGGUCGGUGGUUCGAAUCCCCACGACGGGGUGAGCUCCCGUUGCUCGGUCCCUGCUCCUGCCAACCUAGCAGUUCAAAAGCACGUCAAAGUGCAAGUAGAUAAGUAGGUACCGCUCUGGCGGGAAGGUAAACGGCAUUUCCGUGCGCUGCUCUGGUUCGCCAGAAACGGCUUAGUUAUGCUGGCCACAUGACCCAGAAGCUGUACGCCGGCUCCCUCGGCCAAUAAAGCGAGAUGAGCGCCACAACCCCAGAGUCGGCCACGACUGGACCUAAUGGUCAGGGGUCCCUUUACCUUUACCUAUUGGUAGAAUUGCUGGGUGCCAUCCUAGAGCGAAUAUUCAGAAUAAAUUUUUGGUACGGGGAAACUAGAAAUCCUUUUUAUCUCUUUUUCCUUUUCCUUUCUCUCUCCGCCCCCCACCCCAGAAUCUAUUCCUCUCUUCCUUAUUAUUACUUUCUUUUUUUAAAAAAAAAUUGCUUUUAUCGAAAGAUUUCCAUGCAUUAUUACAAAGGUACAAAUAGGGUCUCCAUUUUCGGUUUGCAGAAUCUUUCCUGCAGGUCAGUUACCAAAGGCAUUGUGAGCUUGGGGUGGGGGGGAGAAAGGGGGAGAGAAAGGGGGUGUGCCUGCAUGGAGUUUUGUGCAAGCAUUUAUUCCUUUAUUUCCUUUCUCUCUCUGUCUCUUGUUUUCCUUGGCGUCUUCUGCUCUGGGUCUUUAUUAGGAUUAUUGGUAAGGGACCUUGGGUGACAGGCAGGGAAGCGAAGACCUCCCAGGUCAGGAGGCCAGGAGAAGAAAACGCAGACCCUCCCAGUAUCCCUAUUUUCAGGGACGCCCCUGAUUUAGAGAAGCCGUCCUGAUUUCUGAUUUGACCCUGAAAAUGCCCCACUUUUCCUAGGACACCCCUAUUUUUCAUUGGAGAAACGUUGGAGGGUAUGGUCAUCUGACUCCCGAGCCGUCCUGUAUAGUCAAUCCUAUAAUAGCAGGCAUGGCCAGACCCGACCCUCCAGUGGUUUUGGGACUACAACUCCCAUCAUCCCUAGCUAGCAGGACCAGCGAUCAUGGAUGAUGGGAAUUGUAGUCCCAAAACAGCUGGAGGGCCAAAUUUGGCCAUGCCUGCUGUAUAGGGAAGGGUUGUUUUUUUUUAAAAUACUUAAUGUUUUAUUAUUAUUUUUUGUUGCUGUAUUGUUUUUAACACUCGAUUGGGAGCUGCCCAGAGUGGCUGGGGAAACUCAGCCAGAUGGGCGGGGUAUAAAUAAAUUAUUAUUAUUAUUGUUGUUGUUGUUGUUGUUGAGUCGUUUAGUUGUGUCCGCCUCUUCGUGACCCCCUGGACCAGAGCACGCCAGGCCCUCCUGUCUUCCACUGCCUCCCGCAGUUUGGUCAAACUCAUGCUGGUAGCUUUGAGAACACUGUCCCACCAUCUUGUCCUCUGUCGUCCCCUUCUCCUUGGGCCCUCCAUCUUUCCCAACAUCAGGGUCUUUUCCAAGGAGUCUUCUCUUCUCAAGAUGAUGAUGAUGAUGAUGAUUAAUGUUGGAAGCUGCCUAGAGUGGCUGGGACUACCCAGUAAGACGUGUGCAGGGUAUAAAUAGUAAAAUUAUCAUGAUGGAAUGGGAUGUCUCUAUUUUUACCGGAGAAGGUGUGAAAAGGGCGGUCCCAGGUGAGACCCCAUUUCUGUGGGAAAUAAGAGUUAAGAGCUACCUUUGAGAGAAGGCUCUGCAUUUUCUUUUCUCUUUCUGUUUUUGUUUAGUUUAUUAUUGUUUUAUGAAACCAAUAAUAAUAAUAAUAAUAAUAAUAAUAAUAAUAAUAAUAAUUUAUUAUGUAUACCCUGCCCAUCUGGCUGGGUUUCCCCAGCCACUCUGGGCGGCUUCCAACAAAACACUAAAGUACAAUAACCUAUUAAACAUUAAAAGCUUCCCCAAACAGGGCUGCCUUCAGAUGUCUUCUAAAAGCCUGGUAGUUGUUUUUCUCUUUGACAUCUGGUGGGAGGGAGUUCCACAGGGCGGGCGCCACCACCAAGAAGGCCCUCUGCCUGGUUCCCUGUAACUUGGCUUCUCGCAGCGAUGGAACCGCCAGAAGGCCUUAGGCACUGGACCUCAUAAAAUCAAAUUUUAUGGAAAAAGGGAGGGUGGCUGGAGGGGUGACGCUCCGCCCCCCCUCAAACCCACCCCACCUCUCUCUUUGCAGGCAGAUUUCCCCACCACUGUGGGGCUACUCUCUCACGACGAAUCGGCGAUGGAGCUGGAUGGAGACAAGGAGAAAAAAUCCGGGAAGGUCUAUUAUAUCGACACCAACUCCUUGCACGUCCCCCGGGAGAACACGGAGGUCAUCUCGCCCCUCAAGAACGGAAUGAGUAUGGGGCAUGGCAGCUAUGGGGAGGGCGAAGGGUUUGGGGAGGGGUCCUUGACGUGGCACACGAACCAGGCCAUUGGAACAAUUGGCCUGGAUGCUCUACAAUACCCAGAGUUCAGGACAGAGCGAGGGAAGUCCCUCUUCCUGCAGGUUAAUCUUUGGAACUCCCCGCCACUGGAGGCCACCAACCUGGCUGGCUUUGAAAGAGAAAUUUGUGGCAGGGGAGAGGGCUAUCCAUUGAAGUAAUGCUUCUGAGUACCAGUUGUUGGAAACCACAGGAAGGGUGUGUGUGGGUCUUGUGUUCGAAUCCUGCUUGCUAGUUUCGCAGAAUGGGCAUCUGGUUGGCUUCUGUGAGGUGAUGGACCAGACGGGCCACUGGCCUGAUUCAGCCGCCUCUUAUUAUGGUCUUAUGUUUAGUUGGGAUAAUUUAUAGGAAUGGGGGAAGGAUUUCAAUUCAGCUCAUGUUUAAAGGCAAAUCUAUCCUCUCACUCUAAAAAUAAAUAAAAUAAAACUAGCCUUUGGAAUCUGCAAGUCCUGUAUUUUGCAAUCUGCUUCUCCAACCGGCCAGCGGUUACAAAAAUGCAUAGCUUAGGGGAAAGGACUAUAUUAGUGAAAAACCACCUGCAGAUAUUUGUUAUGUUAGGGGAAAUUGUUUCAGAAAAUGCGUACAUUACUCAAAACCGCAUACAAAUACGGUGAAUGGGUUUGUUAGGAGAAAUUCGCCCUUAAUUCCAGGCGAAUUUUCCUGAGCACAUUUUCCUUUGAACAGUUGCAAAUUGAAGUAGAAAAUCUUCGCGGCUGAAUUUAAGGUUGGUAGAAAUGAGAAACUGAGAGUGUGGAGACUGGCCAAUCUUUCUACCCCUGUUUGGGAGUCGCUGAAACAGGGGUGAAACUGGUUUAAGUGCACAACAAUUUGUCCCCGCUUUUGCUCUUCUGCACUGCAGAAUCUGUACCUCUUAGCCGUGAAGAUCCCCCCCCCCCCCAUAAAAGCCCACCUUCCCCAUAAACAUCAAGACGUCGCCAGGCAGGCAGCUUCAGUUGAGCUGCACCCCAGUGCAUUGGAGUUACUUGGAAACCGCUAAUGUGCAUUGAAGUGCAUUGCCUGGCUAUUCCUUUAACAGCCACAGGUGACGCUAUUCCCCCACUAAACUGCACUGUAACGUCUGAUUCAGUGGAUGGCGCCCUCUAGUGGGAAGUCCCUGAAACGACGGAGAACUGUUGAAAAGGGUGUUGUUGGCGGGUCCAUUCCUGACACUGUCCGAAUUCUCCUUUCUACCCCAGUUGAAGACUGGGACUGCUUCCAAGCCAUUCUGGACCACACCUACAACAAACACAUCAAAUCGGAGCCGAACCUCCACCCGGUGCUUAUGUCUGAGGCCCCGGUACGUAUCCUGCAAUGCCCUGCUCCCCCAAAUCAAAGAAUCGUAGAGUUGGAAGGGACCCCCAAAGUCAUCUAGACCAUCCCCCUGGAAUGCAGGAAUCCCAGCUGCAUAAAUCCCCUGCUCUUGUGCGACGUGAAGCAGCCUGCCUCUGUUUCCUUUAUGCUUUGCCCCCUCCCCUCUCUUGCAGUGGAACACGAGGGCCAAGCGUGAGAAGCUGACGGAACUGAUGUUCGAGCAUUAUAGCAUCCCGGCGUUCUUCCUCUGCAAGACGGCCGUCCUCACCGCGUAUCCUAACGGGAAGCGAGGCUCGGUCGCUUUACCUCCCCGCCUGAGCCCAACAACAAGACAGAUUACUCUUCCAGCCCCUCUCUGCUACUCCAAAAUAUCCAGUGGCGGGCAGUUCCAACAGUUAACAACUUCUUCUUCUUCUUCUUCUUCUUCUUCUUCUUCUUCUUCUUUCAGUUAUACCUCGGGUUACAGACGUUUCAGGUUGCGUUUUUUCGGGUUACGGACGCGCCAAAACCUGGAAGUACCAGAAGGGGUUACUUUGGCAGUCGCGCAUGCGCAGAAGCGCUAAAUUGUGCUUUGCAAAAGCACCGAAUCGCAACCCGCGCAUGUGCAGACGCAACGCUGCGGGUUGCGAACGUGCCUCCCGCACGGAUCACAUUCGCAACCCAAGCGUCCAUUGUAUUAUUAAAAGGGGCGCGGGUGGCGCUGUGGUCUAAACCACUGAGCCUCUUGGGCUUGGCAAUCAGAAGGUCGGCGGUUCGAAUCCCCGCGAUGAGGUGAGCUCCCGUUGCUCGGUCCCUGCUCCUGCCAACCUAGCAGUUCGAAAGCACAUCAAAGUGCAAGUAGAUAAAUAGGUACCGCUCCAGCGGGAAGGUAAACGGCGUUUCCGUGCGCUGCUCUGGUUCGGCAGAAGCGGCUUAGUCAUGCUGGCCACAUGACCGGGAAGCUGUACGCCGGCUCCCUCGGCCAAUAAAGUGAGGCGAGCGCCGCAACCCCAGAGUCGUUGGCGACUGGAUUUAACUGUCAGGGGUCCUUUACCUUUACUUAUUAUAAUUAUUAUUAUUAUUAUUAUUAUUAUCCCCCUUCCUGAAAUCAAGGGUGCAAAAAUUCGCGCAGUAGCAGCUGUCCAAUAUUCCAGGCAGAGAAUCUUUUGAACCUGCGACCUUCUGCAUGCAAAGUAGUUCUCCUCCCCCCAAAAAAACCCCAACCCACACAGUUUGACUUGCUGAAGCCUUAACUCCCGACCCCCAGUUUUGCAAACGGACGGAGCACUGGACUUGUUCUGGACAGUGGAGCUACACACACGACCGCCAUCCCAGUUCAUGACGGUUACAUCCUGCAACAAGGUCGGAGAAGGGAUAUCUUUUUUUUUUUUGUGAUUUUAUUUUUGUAGCUGUACGUUUUUUAGGAAAAGCUUUUUAAAAGUUGCAUUUGUCGGCAUAUGACACCUGUGCUCAGAGAUCUGCCCUGCUUGCCUGUUUGCUACCAGGCAAGUUCAGGGUGUUGUUAUUGUUAUGCAAAGCCCUUAACAACUUGGAACCAGUUUACCUGUCUAAAGGGCCUUAUCCGUACUGGGUUUCCCCAGCCACUCUGGGGAACAAAGUAUAAAAACACAGUAAGACAUCAAGCAUUAAAAGCUUCCCUAAGCAGGGCUGCCUUCAGGUGUCUUCUAAAAGUCAGAUAGUUGUUUAUUUCCUUGACAUCUGAUGGGAGGGCGCCACUACCGAGAAGGCCCUGUGCCUGGUUCCCUAUAACAUCACUUCUCGCAGGGAGGGAACUGCCAGAAGGCCCUCGGAGCUGGACCUCAGUGUCCGGGCCGAACAAUGGAGGUGGAGACACUCCUUCAGGUCUACUGGGCCUUUGAGGCUGUUUAGGGCUUUCAAGGUCAGCACCAACACUUUGCAUUGUGCUUGGAAACAUACUGGGAGCCAAUGUAGGUCUUUCAGGACCAGUGUUAUGUGGUCUCGGCGGCCGCCCCCAGUCACCAGUCUAGCUACUGCAUUCUGGAUUAGUUGCAGUUUCCGGGUCAUCUUCAAAGGUAGCCCCACGUAGAGCGCAUGGCAGUAGACCUGUUACUAUUAAUAAGAGUAACGAUAUUAAUAAGGGUGGGUUGAAAAGGAGUGAUGCAUGAGCGCAAAGGAUUCUGGGAGGCGGAAGUCCAGACCUCUUGGGUCUGGAGAAACAGCGAGGUGGUUCUGUGGUCUGGGAAGAGGAUACAGAGAGGAGGGGAUGGAAGAAGAGCCAAGGGGUCGUGAUCCGCAGGAACAGGAAGCUCACAGCUCUCCUCCUCGCUUCAUUCCUUCCUUCUUUCCCUCCCUCCCUUCCCCUUUCAGGAAUCGUGAAAUCCCCUCUGGCUGGAGACUUCAUCUCCAUGCAGUGCCGGGAACUUUUCCAGGAGAUGAACAUCGAGAUCGUCCCUCCCUACAUGAUCGCUGCCAAGGUGGUAUUGCCCCCUUCCUGUUCCGUCACUAACCAGAGUCGGGGACGGGGACCCAGGGCUUAGCUGCGGCAUCCACUUGGCUUUGAGAAGGCUCCUUGGUGCACAAUUCCUGUCAGUGUCCCCAGGACGCAGGAGAGCAGGAAAUGGAGGCAUUGGCGAGGUGACGGGGGCAGAGACCAAGUAGUCCUAAACAAGGCACCAACUUGAGGAAGCCUGGCUUAUAAAUUUAUAAGUAUACGGGUUACAAACCUCGUGCACCCUGGAGUGAAACUUUAGGCCCUGAUCUAGACCAGAGGAAAGAAUCCUGCCUUAGAAAUCAAUUUUGCUUGCUCUCUCACUAAGAACAAACCAGCCUCUCCGAUGAGGAGCUCUGUGUAUCUUUAAAGCUUGCACCUAUCCAAAUUUGUCCAGUUAAAAGAGUUCCUCCUUUGUUAACGGAGAAAUCUGAGGGCUCCCUUGGACAAAAAACAAGGACCCCAGCCAGGAAUACCAGAGCAAAACAGCAGCCAGUCGGCUUGGUCUUGAUUGAAGACUGUCGCCACAGGACUCCCACCUGCCACCGGGUGGAACAAGAUGGAAGCCCUGAAAAAAAGGGAACCCAAACUUUUAUUAGCUGCUAAUCCCCAUGUUACACCCCCCCAAACUACAUCACUAUUACAUCACGGUUACAUCAUGAAAGGGGAGAUCUGGUGGCAGUAAUCUGAGCAUCCUGGACCCUGCCCCAUGGUUCCCCUUGUCCUCCACCAAACACCCAUCAAGUGUAAAAAGAGAUCUUUACAUUUCCCUGUUUCCCAGCCAAGUUAAUCCCACCCUUUUGUCUUCAUCUGGGUUUGUUAUUUCUGGAAUGGCUACCUGUCUGGCACUCAGGUAUCAGGAGGCCAGGGAUUAUCACUCAGGCAGAGGGGCUGCUGAGUAGCUGAGCGCACAGGUCUAGACGAGUUUCCGAAGUUUUCCCAGUGAGCCAGUACAGAGAUACAUUGAUCAGUGAAUUCUUACAUUUGGUAUCGUGCAGCAAAAGCCCUUUGAGUAGGCAAGAAGAAACUGUGAAGUGUUUUGUGGGGACAAAUCACAAAAGUCACAAAAGUGAUUGUGCUGAUUUUGGUAGUGGGCUGCAGGUGCAGGAUAUCUGCUGGAGGGGCAAACCCCCCCCCAACCUAUACAUAAAUUCCUGCAACACCUUCCACUUGGCUUAUGCAGGUAAAAUAAGACUUAGGGUCAAGGCUCAUGGAAGUGCUCGUCUAACACUUAAAGUCAUUGAAUUGUAGAGUUGGAAGGGACCCCCAAAGGUCAUCUAUCCCAACCCCCUUCAACACAAGAAUCACAGCUUUAAAAAUCCCUGACAGAUGGUUAUCCGACCUCUGCUUAAUAAACCCCCUUCCUCUGUCAAACGGCUCUUACCCUCAGAAAGUUCUUCCCAACGUUUAGUCAGAAUCUCUUUCCUUGUCAUUUGAAUCUGUUGGUCAGGCGUGCAUCUUCGUCUUCUUCGUUCAGACAAGCAACCUUCCCAGUUUAAAAAGCCCUGAGCUCCCAACUGGUUGUGGGAUGUUAUCAUCACUGAAGCAGUCAAAUACAACAUUUCCUGUCGCCUACAGUGGACUCUGUUGUAAAUCUGCCCUUAUUCCCUUAUACAGUGGUGCCUCGCAAGACGAAAUUAAUUCGUUCCGCGAGUUUUUUCGUCUAGCGGAUUUUUCGUCUUGCGAAGCACGGUGUCGGAAAAGUUUUGGAAAAGCUUCAAAAAUCACCAAAAACCUCAAAAAAGGCUACCACACCGCGUUCUAUGAGUUGCUCCUCAAAGUCAAGUCGCAACUGUAUUAACGGUGUUAAGAAAAAGGAAACAAACUUGCAAGACGUUUCCGUCUUGUGAAGCAAGCCCAUAGGGAAUUUCGUCUUGCGAAGCAGCUCAAAAAACGCAAAACCCUUUCGUCUAGCGAGUUUUUCGUCUUGUGAGGCAUUCGUCUUGCGGGGCACCACUGUAGAGUCCUUUGCAGGUUAGGAGAAAAGAACAGAGGCCAACUAGAAAAUAUUGAGAAGCAAAGCAGCUCGUAAGCCUGAUCUUUAUUGAACUGUUGCGACAGGGUGCUCCCCUUACACGCAGGAAAGGAGGAGGACCCAGAGCCAAGGUGUGCCUGCCCUUAUAUAGACAUUUUAAAUUGCUCGCCCUGGAGUCCAAGACCACCCCCAGAAACAUCAUACAUACAUCACAGAAGGGGUGUAGCUCAAGACCACCCCCCAAAUACAUCAUACGUACAUCACAGAAAGGGUGGUCUACAGCAGAAAUCUGAGUGCGUUGUUUACCUCCUGUCUGGCAGGUUACCUGUUAAUGAUCACUUGAUUGGAUACCCUGGGGAGCCUGGCCAGUCUUUUGUAAUGACAAAUACUUCGUUCCUGAGCCAGGUCACAGGCUCACCCUAUUCAUACACAGAUAUACCCUUAAGACAGGAUUUGUGAAGGAAAAGACAAUGGGGAGGUUUUCCCAUUUUCCUUCGCCCUUGCAGAGAAAUCAUUUGGUCAGUUUGGGAAUCAAAAAUGGUUUCAGGGCUGUUUUCCUGAGCUGCUUCAGACAUGUGGUUUAUAUAUUUAUGUACGUGUUUGCUUAGUACAUUUAUGAACAUUUAUUUUAUAUAUAAGACCUUACAUUUUUUAUUUCACAAACUUGCCCUGUCUUCCAUGGGGCAGCCCUUAAGAUAAAAAAAACCAGUCAUGAAUAAAAGUCUGCCAACUCCCAUAUAUAUAUAUAUAUAUAUAUAUAUAUAUAUAUAUAUUCAACAUAUCAUUUUCAACAAUAAUUAAACGUACUUUUACAUCUUAUACAAUUUUCGACUUCCAUCAAUCACAUCUGAAAAUUUUCCAAUCUCUUCACUUAAUUUACAUGUCUUAUUUUCACUAUUACUUUUAAAUCUAUAAUACCUCUUUUCUUUCUCUUCUUCGCAAUAUUUCAUAUAUUUCUCCUUACGAAACUUCCUGUAGUCCUACUAGCGUAACUUGUUGAUUACAGUUGCUCUUCAAAUAAUUCGUAUAUUUCUUCCAGUCUUCUGUAAAUCUUUGGUCCCGCAGGUUUCGAAUCCUUCCUGUCAUUUUAUCCAGUUCUGCGCAGUCCCUUAAUUUUGUCUGCCAUUCUUCUUUCGUCGGUAGCCAACUCCCUCUUUUUUUAAUUCUCUCUCCCCAAUUUGGUUCCCUGCAGGAGCCGGUCCGCGAAGGCGCACCCCCAAACUGGAAGAAGAAGGAAAAGUUGCCUCAAGUCAGCAAAUCGUGGCACAAUUACAUGUGCAAUGUAAGAGACCUCGCCGGACUCCGGGGUUCCUUGGGAGAAGACCGAGAGCUGGGGAGUCAGGACUCCUGGGUCCCUAGAGAGAGGGGUAGGGGGCACGAUUCUGGGAUCCGGGACGUCUGAGGGUGUGUGUGUGGGUUUGGGGAGCGGCAGGAGGUUUUAAGUGAUGACAGCCUGUUGCCAAAAAAAAAGAGGACUUGCAUGUCCGAAAGCUAGGACUAGGACCUGGGAGAACAGGGUUCAAAUGAAUAAUAUAAGCCAUCUUUCUUUACUCCCUUGCUAAACCUUCAACCCUACCAGGAGGUCAUCCAAGAUUUCCAAGUCUCUGUGCUACAAGUUUCAGAUUCUCCUUACGACGAACAGUGAGUAGCUGGGAUGGGUUUGGUGACCGGGGUUUGUGUGUGUUGUGGGGCAGAGAGGGUGUAAAUUUGGGUGUCCACCUCAGAGAAUCCGUUGCCUCUGUCCAACUUGGCUGGGGCGACUCUUUCCUUUCAUCAUCAUCAUCAUCAUCAUCAUUUAUUUGUUGUUGUUGAGUCGUUUAGUCGUGUCCGCCUCUUCGUGGCCCCCUGGACCAGAGCACGCCAGGCACUCCUGUCUUCCACUGCCUCCCGCAGUUUGGUCAAACUCAUGCUGGUAGCUUCGAGAACACUGUCCCACCAUCUCAUCCUCCGUCGUCCCCUUCUCCUUGGGCCCUCCAUCUUUCCCAACGUCAGGGUCUUUUCCAGGGAGUUUUCUCUUCUCAUGAGGGGGCCAAAGUCUUGGAGCCUCAGCUUCAGGAUCUGUCCUUCCAGUGAGCACUCAGGGCUGAUUUCCCUAAGAAUGGAGAGGUUGGAUCUUCUUGCAGUCCAUGGGACUCUCAAGAGUCUCCUCCAGCACCAGAAUUCAAAAGCAUCCAUUCUUCGGCGAUCAGCCUUCUUUAUGGUCCAGCUCUCACUUCCAUACAUCACUACUGGGAAAACCAGAGCUUUAACUAUACAGACCUUUGUCGGCAACCCAUUCAUUCAUUCAUUCACUCAUUCAUUCAUUCAUACCCUGCCCACCUGGCUUGGUUUCCCCAGCCACUCUGUGUGGCUCCCAACAGAAUACUAAUAAUAAUAAUUUUGAAAAAGCGAUAAUGCUGUAUUGUUUUUAACACUCGAUUGGGAGCCGCCCAGAGUGGCUGGGGAAACUCAGCCAGAUGGGCGGGGUAUAAAUAAUAACUUAUUAUUAAACAUCAAACAUUAAAAAACUUCCCUAAACAGGGCUGCCUUCAGGAGUCUUCUAAAAGUCAGAUGGUUGUUUAUUUCCUUGACAUCAGCUGGGAGGGCGUUCCACAGGGCGGGCGCCACCACCGAGAAGGCCCCCUGCCUGGUUCCCUGUAACUUCAUUUCUCGCAGGGAGGGAACCGCCAAAAGGCCCUCAGAGCUGGACCUCACUGUCUGGGAUGGAUGAUGGGGGUGGAGAUGCUCCUUCAGGUCUACUGGGCCCUUGAGGCCAUUUAGGGCUUUCAAGGUCAGCACCAACACUUUGAAUUGCACUCGGAAACGUCCUGGGAGCCAAUGCAGAUCUCUCAGGACCGGUGUUAUGUGGUCUCGGCAGCCGCUCCCAGUCACCAGUCUAGCUGCCGCAUUCUGGAUUAGUUGUAGUUUCUGUAGAAUCGUUGUAGAGUUGUAAGGGACCCCCAAGAAUCAUCCAGCCCAACCCACUCCUGCAGGUCAGGAAUGACACCGUUUCCUUGGUGGCCAUGCUCCUCAAAAUCUCCUCCAUUUGACCUUUUGGGAACCGUCUUUGGCUGCUCCCGAGACUCAGAGGCCUCGGAAUACUUAUUUAUUUAUUCCGAAAAAUUUACACACCGCCUUAUCGCGAAAAGAGAACAUCAGAGUGGUUUUUCCAAAAAAAGAUGAAGCAAGAAGAUUAUGGAAGGUGAAAAAACAUUAUAAAGCUUUAAGGGGGGGGGAAGUAACGCUAGAUUAAAACGUGCACAAGAUUGCUAAAUACAUGGGUAAAGGUAAAGGGACCCCUGGCCAUUAGGUCCAGUCGCGGACGACUCUGGGGUUGCAGCGCUCAUCUCGCUUUACUGGCCGAGGGAGCCGGCGUACAGCUUCCGGGUCAUGUGGCCAGCAGGACUAAGCUGCUUCUGGCGAACCAGAGCAGCGCACGGAAACGCCAUUUACCUUCCCGCCGGAGCGGUGCCUAUUUAUCUACUUGCACUAUGACGUGCUUUCGAACUGCUAGGUUGGCAGGAGCAGGGACCCAGCAAUGGGAGCUCACCCCAUUGCUGGGAUUUGAACUGCCGACCUUAUGGUCGGCAAGUCCUAGGCUCUGUGGUUUAACCCACAGCGCCACCCGUGUCCCUUUCCACACAUGGGUAGGCUGGUCUAAAUGGUAAUGUUUUUAGCCAGAGCCAAAAGGAGUGCAGUGAAGAUGCCUGCCCUUAUAUCAAGAGGCAGAGAGUUCCGAAGUGCAAUAAUUAUUUUUAUAAAGAUGAUUAUACGACUGGCUGCCUAGCUAGCCGGCCAUUGCUCCCUGUGAAGCAUGUUGGAGCGAAUUUACAAUGCAGGAAGGAGCUCAGUAAAACAAAUGUGGCAUACAGUGCUCCCUUGGUUCUCAAACGCCUUGGUACUCAAACAACUUGGAACCCAAACACUGCAAACCUGGAAGGAAGUGUUCCGGUUUGCGAACUUUUUUCGGAAGCCAAACAUGCUCUGUUUUGAGUGUUACGUUUCUGUUUUGAGUCUUACGCUGAGGUAUGCCUGUUUUCGCUAUUUAUUUUGCGUUUUUGCUUUCGCGGCUCUUUUUGUUUUGGUUUUGUGACCGUGCGGAACCCGGUUCAGCUACUGAUGGAUUGAUUGUGUGACUGCAGUACGUUGCUUAUUGCUUUCAUUUUAUGGAUCAAUGGUCUCGUUAGCUAGUAAAGUUGCUGUUUUAGGGGUUGUUUUUAAAAAGUCUGGAACGGAUUAAUCCAUUUUACAUUGCUUUUUAUGGGAAAGCGCACAUUGGUUUUGGAACGCUUUGGUUUUGGAGCGGACUUCCGGAAUGGAUUAAUUUUGAGAGCCAAGGUACCACUGCAUUGAAAGUCAGAAUAUAGCUGACUCGCUCGUGUCAGGGGAAGGUUUAGAUUUGAGGGAGGCAAAAGGACGGCAAUUUGGGGGACAAAGUGGAGGUGACCCUUCAGUGCGGACGCUACAGGACAGAAAUAGAUUUGCAUCACGAUGGGGAGUCAUGUUUCUCCUGUGGAAACUCAGCGAAAGUAAAAACGGGCAGCCAGGUAGCAAGAACGACAGAGUGUCCCGUGCUACUUGGGAGAGUGACGCAGCAGCUUCUUUCUUGGACUAAGCACCCAGUUUUCCAGAUCUCACGAAUCACAGACUCGUAGAAUUGGAAGGGGUACCCGGUGGUCAUCCAGUCCAACCCUCGAGCCUCAACUCAUCAAUUUGAACUCGGGUCCAGGAAAGAUCAUGUCGGCCAUCCUUAACAAGGUGACCUCCAUGGCUGAGGCUCAUGGGAGUUGUAGUCCGAAGCAGCUGGAAGUAGCCAGGUUAGGGGAGGCUGGCUUAUGGGGAACUCCCCCCCAAAAAACCCAAUGAAAUCAACAGUGAGAAACAACAUAAUAAUGUAAGACUUUUGAAAAAGUUAAAAGAACAAUAGGCAAAAAGAAAUCCCAACAGAUUGAAACUCGUGCCAGCUCAGUUGGUAGAGCAAGAGACUCACGAGACGCUUAACCUCAGGGUUGUGGGUUCGAGUCCCGCAUUGGGCAAAAGCGGGUUGGACUAGAUGACCCUUGGGUCCCUUUCAGCUCUACAUUUCUGUGAUGCUAAAGAUCUGGACAGGCAUGUCUAAACAACAAUGUUUCCAGAAGGCGCUGAAAUAGUGUGGCUUGCUCUAUGGUUUUAACCCCUUCAUGCAUGCAUUAGAGUUAAGCAAGCUGAUUUAUCCCACAUCCAGGAGCAAUGAUGUGAAAGCAGAAGAGAGCUGUCAUGGCUAAUAGCUGUCAGAGCCAUCUCCUCCUCCAUGAAUCUGUCCCAAUCCCCUUUUAAAGCCAUCCGAGUGGGUGGCCGUCACUGCGUACUGAGGCAAGGAGUUCCACAGUUCAUCUGUGUGCUGUGUUAUGAAUGACUUUAAAAAAAUCUUCCAACAUUCAUCUUCGUUGGAUGUCCAGUGUUAGGAGAGAGGGAAUAAAAAUUCUCUCUAUCCAAGCAUGCUGUGCACAGGGCCGGAUUUAGGUUAGAUGAGGCCCUAAUCCCCACGACGGGGUGAGCUCCCGUUGCUCAGUCCCUGCUCCUGCCAACCUAGCAGUUCGAAAGCACGUCAAAGUGCAAGUAGAUCAAUAGGUACCACUCCGGCAGGAAGGUAAACGGCGUUUCCGUGCGCUGCUCUGGUUCGCCAGAAGCGGAUUAGUCACGCUGUCCACAUGACCCGGAAGCUGUACGCCAGCUCCCUCGGCCAGUAAAGCGAGAUGGUCACCGCAACCCCAGAGUCAGCCACGACUGGACCUAAUGGUCAGGGGUGCCUUUACCUUUAAGCUACUGAAGCUAAUGGGGCCCUUUAUAUGUCCAGCUGUCCUUUGUUAACAACAAAUUGUCGCUGUUUUUUCAUGUUGAAUAUAUGCUAUAUGGUCAUUUAUGGACCUAAUAGGCACCGUAUUUUUCGUGCUAUAAGACGCACCAGACCACAAGACGCACCUAGUUUUUGGAGGAGGAAAACAAGGGGAAAAAAAUAUUCUGAAUCUCAGAAGCCAGAACAGCAAGAGGGAUCGCUGCGCAGUGAAAGCAGCAAUCCCUCUUGCUGUUCUGGCUUCUGGGAUCACUGCGCAGCCUGCAUUCGCUCCAUAAGAUGCACACACAUUUCCCCUUACUUUUUAGGAGGGAAAAAGUGAGUCUUGUAGAGCAAAAGAUACGGUAUCUAAAGCCAUUUGCACGUAACAAAUAGGAGCCUACACAACAGAAAACACUGUCGCUGUAUGUCGGUUUUAUUUUAUUUGUUUUUUAUCUUAUAUUUUGGAAAUGUACAUCCAGUUUAUUUUCCUUUAAGUUUUUGGGGGGCCCCCAAGAGAGUGGGGCCCUAAGCUAUAGCUUGUUUGUUGUUGUUUAGUCGUUUAGUGGUGUCCGCCUCUUCGUGGCCCCCUGGACCAGACCACGCCAGGCCCUCCUGUCUUCCACUGCCUCCCGCAGUUUGGUCAAACUCAUGCUAGUAGCUUCGAAAACACUGUCCCACCAUCUCGUCCUCUGUCGUCCCCUUCUCCUUGUGCCCUCCAUCUUUCCCAACAUCAGGGUCUUUUCCAGGGAGUCUUCUCUUCUCAUGAGCUGGCCAAAGUCUUGGAGCCUCAGCUUCAGGAUCUGUCCUUCCAGUGAGCACUCAGGGCUGAUUUCCUUCAGAAUGUAGAGGUUGGAUCUUCUUGCAGUCCAUGGGACUCUCAAGAGUCUCCUCCAGCACCAGAAUUCAAAAGCAUCCAUUCUUUGGCGAUCAGCCUUCUUUAUGGUCCAGCUCUCACUUCCAUACAUCACUACUGGGAAAACCAGAGCUUUUACUAUACGGACCUUUGUUGGCAAGGUGGUGCCUCUGUUUUUUAAGAUGCUGUCUAGGUUUGUCAUUGCAUAGCUUGUUUAGCUUAUACGUAAAUCCGGCUGUGCCCUCGCCCUCUUGUCCCGAGCAGGGUAGCUGCGCAGAUGCCCACCGUCCACUACGAAAUGCCCAACGGCUACAACACAGACUACGGGGCGGAGAGGCUUCGUAUCCCGGAGGGGCUUUUCGACCCCUCCAACGUGAAGGUGAGCGGGCAGGGGGCCAGACGAUGAAAUAAGGAUCAAGGCAAGGGUGGGGAGUUUGCACCCGCUUCUACUGAUUGAUUUGCUUUCGAAAAAUCGGCACACCUCUUGAUUACAAAACAAAAAAACUCCUCAAUGCACACAGAGGCUUGGAGCAUGCGCAGAGUUCUGACUGAUGAACGGCGCAAUCCCAAACACAGUGACUCGGAAGCGAUUACCAUUGAAAUCAAGGGGGGGUGUUUCUGCCCGGUAAGGGGGCGCAGGGAGGGGUGUAGCCUCAGAAAACAUUUAUUGCUUAUUCAGAAUUAAAUUUAUUUGUGGUGGUGUGUGCUGGAAAUCAGAGCGGUUUGCAGAAAAGCGAAAAAGCAAGCUGCUAAUUUGCACUAGGAUUAUCUGUAGUCAGAACUAACAACAAUAAUGUAGGGCUUUUGGAAAGUUAAAAUAGAUUAAAAACCACGUUGGCUUCCUAAACAUCCAGACGGCCUCGCCUAAACAAAUAUGUUUUCAGCAGGCACCAGUGCUAGUAGGGUUGAAAGGGACACCCAAGGGCCAUCUAGUCCAACCCCCUGCAAUGCUGAAGAAUCCCUGACAGAUGGCCACCCAAGCUCUGCUUAAAAACCUCCAAGGAGGGAGAGUCCGCCACCUUCCGAAGAAAUCUGUUUCACUGUCAAACGGUUCUUAUCAUGAGAAAGUUCUUCCUUAUGUGUAGUCAGAAUCUCCUUUCUUGUCACUUGAAGCCAUGGGUUCGAGUCCUACCCUCUGGAGCAGGAGAUAACAAGCUUGCUCCAUCUACCCUGGGACAUCCCUUCAGAUAUUCGGAGGUGGCGUUCCCAAAGCAAGGAAGGAUUGGACUCUGAUUAAUAAAAUACACAGAGGCUUGACCAGCAAGACUCUGGGAGGAGUGCGUAUAAUAAUUCCCUCUCCACCCCUCGGCCCAGGUCGUUUUAUUCACAAAAGAACGUUUUACACAGUGUUCGUAAGAACCAAUCAGAUUUCCUCUGAGCAUUUCAAAAAAUGGGACAAAGUUAAAAGUUAAAACUACAAAGAGCUAAUUCCUACUUGAGCAUGCAUACGUAAUUCAGAGUAAAUAAAAGAGGAAGCAAGGAGGAAUGCUUUUAGGAAACUCUGGAGGUCAUAAACAGCAACAAACAGGAGAAGAAGGAUAAGCAGUACCGUAUUUUUCGGUCCAUAACACGCACGUAGUUUUUAGAGGAGGAAAACAAGAAAAAAAUAUUCUAAACGAAACAGUGGAAGUAUGAUUUUUGUGGUUCAUGCUGUGGCCACAGACAUGUGAUCUGACGGUGAGUUUGGGGUAGCCCAAUGCAAAAAUCCUGAGGAUCCAUGUGGAUCCGUGCUUAAGUGGGAAGAGAAGGAAAAGCUCUCAAGGGACAAGGAGCACGCGUGGGGUGGGUGGAGAAGGAUGUUGCUAAUAAUGCAGAAGAGGGGUAUAAGGGGAGAAGGCUCCUCUCCUCUCCCGCUUUGCUCCUUUAAAGCAAGCAGGCUCUGCUUCCUCCUCCCCGGCUUAGCGAGCUGAAAAACUUUGCUGCUAUUUAGCGAGCUGAGUGGGGAGGAGAGAGGGACAGAGAGCACGCUCACUUUAAAGCAGCCAACCAGACAGGAGCUGCUUACACCUGUGUAAGUGGCUCCUCUCCCGCUUUGCUGUUUCAAAGCGAGCCACGGAGGAGGGAAGGAAGGGGAACCAUGGAUCCUCUGCUCACGACUGCAGCAGAUCCCCUCACCAUCCGUAGGCAUUCACUCCAUAACACGCACAGACAUUUCCCCUUACUUUCUAGGAGGAAAAAAGUGUGUGUUAUGGAGCGAAAAAUAUGGUAUUUACCAUCUCCUUGUGAACGAUUAGCAAACUACAUUAAAGCUACCUUCUAUCUUCAUGACCCAGGGUGCCUGGUGAAGCAACUGGCCUGUGCUUCAGAAUGCUUAUACGUGCCUGUCAGGCGUAGAGAAAGCAAUUGCCAGAGGUGGAGAGGCCUGUGGGAUCUGAUCAGAAAUUAUUGUCAAUGAAUCAAACCCAGUCAACGCAAUGCUUUCAUCGUGGACACAAUGGCUUGAUGCAUAUUUUAUAAUUCCUCAUAGGAAUCCCAUCUGACCCCCACACUCUGGAUAUCUGCACUCCUACAUUCAGAGGUGGCUAUCCUACCCCAUCUCAGUCUCCUCUUCCCCAACCUAAGCACCCCAAACUCCCUCAAUCUCUGCCUCUCUCUCUAGGGCCUGUCUGGAAACACAAUGUUGGGGGUUGGCCACGUGGUCACGACCAGCAUCGGGAUGUGCGACAUCGAUAUCCGGCCAGUGAGUUGUCUCCCCUCACCUUAACUCUUCCCCCUCCUAGUAGGGGAUGCGGGUGGUGAUGUGGUCUGAACCACAUCGGAAGGUCAGCGGUUCAAAUCCCCGCGACGGGGUGAGCUCCCGUUGCUCGGUCCCAGCUCCUGCCAACCUAGCAGUUCGAAAGCACCAAGUGCAAGUAGAUAAAUAGGUACCACUGUGGCGGGAAGGUAAACAGUGUUUCCAUGCAUAGCUGUCAACCGUCCCUUAUUUGGCAGGAAAGUCCCUUAUCCCAGCGCCGUGUCCCGCUGCUGUCCCUUAUUGAUGAUGUCCCUUAAAUUUCCUGGGUUUCAAAGGAAGCAGCUCCUCUCCCUCCCUCCCUGCCUGCCAACCAGGGAGGAGGGACGCUCCAACUGUGUUGUUUGGCUGCGUUGCUCACCCAAUAAGGAGUCUAAGAACGACUGGGGGUGGAGCUUGCAUGCCUUGUGCCAAUCAAAUCGGCCGCGUUGCCUGGGGACUCGCCUUUGCUCAGCGCUUCCCAGCGGAGAGGCGACGGUGGUUUUCCUUGCUGCAUCCCCUUUGCCGGGUUGCUGCGCUGUGGGAACCACCGCUUGAGGCUUCGUUUGGCUGCUGGCUGGGUUUUCAGCCUUUGGCUCGGAGGGGCUCAGAAGUCGAACAUACCUGUGCCCUGAAAAUCCCUUAUUUUGGCUGCUGAUCCCUUAUUUUUGAGGCUGCUGGUCCCUUAUUUUCAAAUCUGUAAGUUGACAGCUAUGUUUCCAUGCGCUCUGGUUUCCGUCAUAGUGUCCCAUUGCGCCAGUAGCAGUUUAGUCCUGCUGGCCACAUGACCCAGAAAACUGUCUGUGGACAAACGCCGGCUCCCUCGGCCAGUAAAGCGAGAUGAGCGCUGCAACCCCAUAGUCGCCUUUGACUGGACAUAACCAUCCAGGGGUCCUUUACCUUUCACCUUGCCCCCUGCUAGGGUUUCCGGUCUGGGGCCAAGUAGUUGUGGGUUUCUGAGGCAAAAGGAGCUGGCCAGGGAAUGCACAAAACCAGCCCACCACCUUUAUUUUGGCUUCGGUUCAGAACGCUUCCGGUAUAUUCUGCUGUUGCAAAAACAAAACAAAACCAAAAACAUAGAUAAAGGUAACGGGACCCCUGACCAUUAGGUCCAGUCGCGGCCGACUCUGGGGUUGCGGCGCUCAUCUCGCUUUACUGGCCAAGGGAGCCGGCGUACAGCUUCCGGGUCAUGUGGCCAGCAUGACUAAGCCGCUUCUGGUGAACCAGCGCUGUGCACGGAAACACCAUUUACCUUCCCGCCGGAGUGGUACCUAUUUAUCUACUUGCACUGGUGUGCUUUCGAACUGCUAGGUUGGCAGGAGCAGAGACCGAGCAACGGGAGCUCAACCCGUCGCGGGGAUUCGAACCACCGACCUUCCGAUCGGCAAGUCCUAGGCUCUGUGGUUUAACCCACAGCGCCACCAGCGUCCCAACCGAAAACAUAGAAAGGAGAAUUCCUGGGUGCCGAGAUUCAAGUUUAGGGCAUGUACUUUUUCGUGGGGGAACCCGAGUAGAUAUUUAUAGUCACAAAACAUGCUGAAUCAAAGCGAAGCAUGGAAAUAUAGGCUGUCAGACCUUUCAGAUAUCCCCUCUCCCCUUAGCAUGGGGGAAAAAAAGUGCUUUGCACAACCCCCAAAGAAAAAUAAUAAAGCAAUAAAAUUCAAAACAGCAAGUAUGAAUUGCGCAUUUAUUCAAAAUCCAAUUAAAACUCUUUAAGUUAAUUCAACAAAAUAGGCGGGCUGCCUCCAGUGACAGCCUUUUACGCUGUUAAGGGGGUUAAUGUGGGGGAAAUGGCAGGGGAGUUGUUGACCGGAGACCCACAACACGAUGGUUGCAAAUGGCAGAUUCCUCCAAGUUAAAGGAAUUCGAAGGUGGCCCCCCUCCCAAAAAAACGGCUCCUAAUAUAACACUUAUCCUUUCUCUGAAGGGCCUCUAUGGGAGUGUCAUCGUCACAGGGGGAAACACUUUGCUGCAAGGCUUCACGGACCGCCUCAACCGGGAACUCUCUCAGAAAACGCCACCGGUGAGUUUCUGUGCGUAAGAGAGAGAGAGAAUGAGGGACUUUGGGGUCACGCAGGGCUCUUCAGCAGGCAACAUGGAGUCACAGAACCGCAGAGUCUGGUGGGACCCUGAAAUAUACUCAGAGUCGAGAGUGGAUUUCAUGCUCUUUAUUCAGCUCAUAGUGGUGAGGAGGAAUGGAAGUUCCCCCCAGAAUGUCUGCUUUAUAUACGUUAUUUACACAAUGGGCCCCACGUGAUUGGCUAAUUCUGGGAUUCUCCUGUAGACCAAUCAGGUUGCGGAUUCACUUCCACCUGGAGCUGGAUUGGGUGGCUCCUGCGGACCAAUCAGACUGCUGCAUUCUGAAUCCUUUUGUUCUAGGACCAAUCAGACUGCUGCAUUUUGGACCCUAUUGUUCUAGGACCAAUCAGACUGCUGCAUUUUGGACCCUAUUGUUCUAGGACCAAUCAGACUGCUGCAUUCUGAAUCCUAUUGUUCUAGGACCAAUCAGACCGCUGCAUUCUGAAUCCUAUUGUUCUAGGACCAAUCAGACUGCUGCAUUCUGAAUCCUAUUGUUCUAGGACCAAUCAGACUGCUGCAUUCUGGACCCUAUUGUUCUAGGACCAAUCAGACUGCUGCAUUCUGAAUCCUAUUGUUCUAGGACCAAUCAGACUGCUGCAUUCUGGACCCUAUUGUUCUAGGACCAAUCAGACUGCUGCAUUCUGAAUCCUAUUCAACUCAGUACAUAACAGACCCAAAGGGUCAUCCAGCCUAAACCAAGUUCAGGGAGCGGGGAAUGUUCUGGCCCAUUCGGUUAAGAGGGGAGACUCCAUGGUGUCGAUUGCUUUUUGCUCAGAGAUCUCACCUCGUAUCGUAUCGUAAAACCUUUAUUGGCAUCACAUCCAAAACAAAUCAAUACAGAAUUACCACGUCCCCAGUGGCACAAAACAUUUGCUAAAAGAAAAAAGGAGGCAGAGCAGUCUAUCGUCACAUCUCUUGGUCUCCAGGGAAGUCAGACGUCUGCAGUGUAUUUUGACGACAAAAAACCAAAUAGAGAUAUUUAGCCACUAACUUGGUGAGCUCCUGAUCGUUCCCCAGUAAUAGAAAAUGUAUGACCUUUGACUCUGGUUUCCAUUUGGGGAUACAGAGUUGAUCUAUAAAUUGCUGGCGGAGAUCAGCGUAUAGUUUACAAUUGAGAACCAUAUGCUUAAGGGUUUCCGCCAGGUGGUCUUCACAUGGGCAAGUUCUUUCUCCUUCCACCCUGUCUGAGAACCUUCCCCAAAGGAGGUCGGAUGGAUUUGAAUUAAACCUGGCCAGCGAAAAUGCCCUUCUUUCUUGAGGGUUAAGCAGAAAUUCAAGCUAAUUGUGGUUAGUUUCAUGUGCCCAAGAAAGUUGAAAAUAAAGAGGGGAACAUGUUUUCUCUGCUGCUACUGUUAGUUCUUGGCGUUCAGUAUCCCACAACCUAGUUUUUAUUAUAGCCUUGGCAGAUGGUAGGGACAUUGAUCGCAAAAGUUCCACUGACAGCCCGAGUUGCUGUACCUUCUUGUUAAACUGUUGUAGUUGUCCAACUCUUUGUGACCCCCUGGACCAGAGCACGCCAGGCACUCCUGUCUUCCACUGCCUCCCGCAGUUUCGUCAAACUCAUGCUGGUAGCUUCGAGAACACUGUCCCACCAUCUUGUCCUCCGUCGUCCCCUUCUCCUUGCGCCCUCCAUCUUUCCCAACAUCAGGGUCUUUUCCAGGGAGUCUUCUCUUCUCAUGAGGUGGCCAAAGUAUUGGAGCCUCAGCUUCAGGAUCUGUCCUUCCAGUGAGCACUCAGGGCUGAUUUCCUUCCGAAUGGAGAGGUUUGAUCUUCUUGCAGUCCAUGGGACUCUCAAGAGUCUCCUCCAGCACCGGAAUCCAAAAGCAUCCAUUCUUCGGCGAUCAGCCUUCUUUAUGGUCCAGCUCUCACUUCCAUACAUCACUACUGGGAAAACCAGAGCUUUAACUAUACGGACCUUUGCUGGCAAGGUGAUGUCUCUGCUUUUUAAGAUGCUGUCUAGGUUUGUCAUUGCUUUUCUCUCAAGAAGCAGGCAUCUUUUAAUUUCGUGGCUGCUGUCACCAUCUGCAGUGAUCAUGGAGCCCAAGAAAGUAAAAUCUUCUACUUCUAACGCUACAGCCUAUAUCCACUUCCAAAGCUAUCCUAAAGUUGAUAUUUUCAGGAUGUUUAAAUGAGCAUUCUAAAUUGUAAAACAGAAAAUCUAAUAAAAAUUAGAGAGAGAGAGAGAGAGAGAGAGAGAGAGAAAUAUUUGGGGUCCUUAAGAGAGCCAAGAUGGCUUCAGGAUUGUUCUGCGUACUAAAACAAAGUGCCUGGUUUUUUCACUGAAUAUUUCCUAAUUUUGAAGGAUCGGCUGCCUGUGGCCUGCUAUGUGUGCAGACCUUAGAACUGUUAUAACACCGGUUAGUUUGCAGAGGGCAGGACAAGCCUGUUUUAACACCUGCCCAGCCAGAUGAGCGGGGUAUAAAUAAUAAAUAAUAAUAAUAAUAAUAAUAAUAAUAAUAAUAAUUAUGCAAACCCCUCUUUUCUCUCUCCGCAUUGUGCAGAGCAUGCGCUUGAAGCUGAUCGCCAGCAACAGCACCAUGGAAAGGAGGUUCAGUCCUUGGAUUGGGGGCUCCAUCCUGGCCUCUCUCGUGAGUCUGGGGCCCUGGAGGCUGCCGUGGGUCAGAGGAAGAGGAGGGUGGGGAAAGGGGGAGGGAGGCUGGGAGCCAGGACUCCUGGGUUCUCUGGAGGACCUUCAGAGGCCCUAAGCACUGAAAAGAUUUUGGUGCCCCCGUAUAUAUUUAAUUCAGAAUAUAAACAACAAUGGACUGUAGAAUAAAAUUUUAUUUUUCAAGAUGAAACAAAACCGACAGUUUUGUAUAUCAUUAAUCACUAUUAUUCUUCCUUCCUUCCUUCCUUCCUUCCUUCCUCUUCCUUCCUUCCUUCCUCUUCCUUCCUUCCUCUUCCUUCCUUCCUUCCUUUCCCUUCCUUUAUUUUUCUUUUUUUCUUUCUUUCCCUCCCUCCCUCCCUUCCUUCCUUUCCCUUCCUUUCUUUUUCUUUCUUUCUUUCUUUUCCUUCCUUCCUUCCUUCCUUUCCCUUCCUUUCUUUUUCUUUCUUUCUUUCUUUCUUUCUUUUCCUUCCUUCCUUCCUUCCUUCCUUCCUUCCUUCCUCCCUCCCUUUCUUUUUCUUUCUUUCUUUCUUUCUUUCUUUCUUUCUUUCUUUCUUUUCCUUCCUUCCUUCCUUCCUUCCUCCCUCCCUUUCUUUUUCUUUCUUUCUUUCUUUCUUUCUUUCUUUCUUUCUUUCUUUCUUUCUUUUUCUUUCUUUCCCUUCCUUCCUUCCUUUCUUUUUCUUUCUUUCUUUCUUUCUUUCUUUCUUUCUUUCUUUCUUUCCCUUCCUUCCUUCCUUCCUUCCUUCCUUCCUUCCUUUCUCUCUCUCUCUCUCUCUCUCUCUCUCCCUCAUUUCAUCUAUUGUGGGGCCUUUGUUGGGGGGGGGGGAGAACCUGAUUCAGCUGCUCCAUAUGGUCCAUGGGUUAGGGUUAAGGUUAGGGGGCAGCUGCCCCAAACGCUACGCCCAUGAUAUGGUCCAUGGACAUUUCCGAAAGCCUGGGCCACUCCCACUCCCAAUGUGAUUGGCUGUCUAAAGUUCCAAACUGCGAAUCACGACUCAAGAGUUCAAGGGCCAAUGGCAGAGGCCCAAAUCCUGAAAUGUUCUGUGAUUGGAUGAUGUGUAUCGAAUCAGGAGCUCAGAAUCCUUAGUCCAGAGACUCAAGCUCAGGCAAACACAGACCCACUGAAUACAUAACACCCCCUUCCUUUGAUACCCCAAACAGGGGCUGCAUUUUAAAUUGCAUUUUAACCGGUAUUUUAAAUUGGUUCCCCCCUCCCCAUUAUGUUUUUACUGUGAUUUUAUUGGUUUUAGUGCCCUGAGGGCAGGGUAUAAAUAAAAUUUAUUAUUAUUAUUAUUAUUAUUAUUAUUAUUGCUCAGUGUCUAAUCCAGCCUUGGGAACCGGGAUCCAAGACGUGGACUAGGUGCCGGUGUGUGUAGCUCAGGGGUCUCUGAGUUUGGGGUUGGGGGCCUGGGAGGGAAGACCCGGACGCCUGGGUUUGUUUCCUCGUCUCCUUCCUCUCCUUCUCGUCCGCAGGGCACCUUCCAGCAGAUGUGGAUCUCCAAACAGGAAUACGAGGAAGGGGGCAAACAGUGCGUGGAGAGGAAAUGCCCCUGA